UUAUUGAAAGCCUUGUUUUCAUUAUUCCCAGCUCAGCCUCAGUACAUGUCUCAGGCUGGGGGCGAGAAAGAAGAAUAAGGUGCGCGUUGUUAGGAAAAAAUGAGCUGCGCACUUUACCGGCUGGGUUUUUGUGUUUCGACGAAAUCCUCCUCUUACUGAUGCUGCUCGGUGUUGCAGCGGGGAGCGGUUUUGCCGGAGGAGCGCGGUGCCAUGCAGCGAGCUGGUUUUGCAUUUUUACGCAGCUCUCCAGCCUCUCUGUCCUCUGAUGCAGCGGCGUCACAUGCGGCUGAAAAGCACUUUAAGGCUUUCGAUAACAUGUGUUUGGGUGAAUGCCGCAGGCGACUGGAUUUGGAGCAGCAGUGGAGUCCAGCAUGCCCGGAUCCGAGGACGCUCUUAUAACAGCUGCGAACCAUAUUUAGUCGAUUUUGGCACUUAACACACAUUAAAAGACGCGACCAUGGGGGAUGAGAGCAGCCUGUCAAAGCAGAUCGGGAGUGUGGAGAGGAGCAUCGUGUUUCUCAAACAGGAGCACCUCACUUUACUGCACGGCCUCCACCUGGAGAUCCUCUCCCUGCAGAAGCGAUGCUCAGAGUUGACAAGUGAUCUAGAGGUGAAGCCUCCAGGAAGAAAUCCAAUAGAAUUACAGGAGGAGGAGGAGCUGCUGGAGAACCGGUGUUGGGACGUUGAAAGCCGGCUGGACGAGGAAGAGUGCACUAUAGGAGAGCUUCGUCAGGAACUGAGUCACAAAGGGUCUUUGGUGGGAGUCCUCAGAGCCAAUCUCAAGGAAAAGGAACGCCAUUUCCUGGAGGAGCUCAAACACCGGAGCCACUGUUCAACCAUCCUGAACACAGAGCUGCAGAAACAAACAGAGGCAGCAGCGUACCUCUCCUUCCAGCUGCAUGCUGCCCGGCAGAAACUGCACCACCAGCGAAUGCAGCAGAGGCAGGGACUCCUCGCCAGGGCCAACAGUCAGGCUGCACAUUACGGUGCCGAGCAGAUCUCUGUCUCUCCACAGAGGCCUUCAGGAGCCUCCCCUUCCUCUCCCGUGGUUAAACCCAAGCGUAAGAGCGUCAGGUCGUCUUUGAGAGUGGAGCGUUCCCGGGAGUGUGUUCCCAUAGAGAAAGUGACGGGCCCUGCUGAGCCCACAGCCAUGCCAGACCCUGCACUCUUCCUCCACCCACGCAGGCACAGGGCCCGCUCCAGGCACACUUUGGCACAAAGACAGCCUCCACUGGGGCCGGAGAGGGAGGAUGAGGAGGAAGGAGGUGGUGAAGGGCCAGUGGAGCCUCAGGGUGGAGCUGCCAGACUACUGUCUUCAGCGGCAGCGCCCCCUGCUGCUGAGACGAAGGCAGAUUAGCGAGUACUGAGACCCGCACUUUAAACUGCAGUUUGAUCACUGUAUGAUCCUGUGAGACUGUUAAUGCUGUUAACUGUUCUGCACCUUGACUGAAUUGAUACUGCGAGUGGUUUUAGCUAAUUAAUUAUUAUCUUACGCUUAUUGUAGACACUUUUUUAAAAUGGACUUUGAAUAACCUUAUAUAACUUGCAAAGAAAACUCAGAAAGUGUCACUUUAAGUCAGUCUUAGAUGAAUCAUCUGUUUACACUUGCGUCACAUGCUCAGUAUACUGUGGGGCCUUACUUCAAAUCAACCCCUUUUGGAUCUAUGUUGAUGGUGAGUGGCCAUUUUAGGAGGACUACAAGCCCAACCAGCUGUGAGCUUUCAAGGCCAAACAUAAAUCAAACAUGUGACCAAACAUUUGUGUGGCCCCUGACUGAGGCACAGCUGAAAUAUCUGUUCUGGUAUGUUUGAGCCUUCCCUGUGAAAAAAUGUUGACUGAAAGGAGGUGUGUUCCUGUGAUAAUAUUAAGAGUAUAAAUACAGAGGACAGUCGAUUACAAGCAAUGACUUCCAAGGAAACAGUCGAUCAGUUCUAUCUUUAUUGAACGUAUACCUUGCUGGUAGGUUUCCAUGACAAUUUGUUUAUACGGACACAACUCGGGUGUUGUGUCAGCAAUAUCCCCAACCAAUUUGUUCUUUUUAAAAUGAAACAGAACCUGUUGUUUAGCCUAACCUGGCCCAUUUAUCUAUGUCUGUAAGUUAAAGUUUACCCAACAACCAAGAGCACAGUCCAGGAAACACUAUUUUUUGUAGAAACAGACUUUGACACAAGCCCUGCCAACAGUUAAAACUGUUUAAAAUCAUUGUUCACAACUUUAACUGCAGAUAAUUACGCUUCAGUUAGCUUUCCUUGGUGCAAUUAAACUAACCCUUGCUACAAUUUAAACUCUACUUAUUACAGUCGUUGUUGUGGGCCCGUAAAUCAAUUAAUACUUUAUAUAAGACUCUAGGUCUAUUUGAAAAAUGAAAACAAAUGAGUAAUUGAACAACUUAAUGUGAAGCAGCUGUUAAAAAGAAAUCACUUUUAUCAUUUGUCAAAACCUGUCUUAUUUGCAUUUCUGUAAGCAUGGUAUACUGAUGGUAGAGGACAAAUCAGUUAUUUUGGCCACGUGCAAACUACGUCUUACAAUAUUUAGACCGUUUGUUUAUUAAAAUAUACACACAGAGGCACAUGAUCGCUGCUUUAAUUUUUCUGCUUUCUAUAAACAGAUUGUGAUGUGUUGGACCAUGCGUUAGACUCAGGUGUUGUGUGUGUACUAAACACACACAGCACUACUACUUCAACUAGUUUGUGUUUGAGGCUAUAUUGUUGAGGUUUCUUUUUUCACCUCAGGCAAAACAGAUAAUCACGAGCUUGACUGCAGGUUUAGGUGUGUUUUCAACCAAAGUGGGCUUGACGUGUUCUAUUGGCAUUCUGUUCCUUUUUACAUUUUACACAAGUUCCCAAGAGGAACACCUAUACAGUGACUGUAUGCUGUAAAUGAGGGCAGGCAGUGUGAGUGUGUUAUCAAAACACAUGCAUAUAGUGGCCCCUAGCGUAACAAUGGGCAAAUAGCAACUUGAAAACAAAGCAGUAUAGGAAAGAUCAAGUGAUCACUUUAAACUAUUAUAUUUUAAUGUAGGACAUACUUUUUAUGUUAUUUAUUUUCUUUUGUCCACUCAAUAUCCUUAUGUAAUGAAUGCCUUAUAAUAGGGGAGCUGUGGAUAAUAGAAAUGCAGUGUGGAACAUUUGUAAGUACUAAAGUAUUGUGCCCUUUUGUUUCAGAAACCCUUUUAUAAGACUCUUUGGGAUUUGCAUAUAAACUCUAUUACUCUGUGUAAUGUGGCACCUCAGUUAUUUUGAAGUUAUGUCACAGUUGAUUUAUUCUUGAGCCAUGACUCACUUUAGCAUCAGUGUCUUUGAACGAGCCUUCCUGCAUUUAGUUGUGUUUAGUUGCUGUGAGGCUUUUCUCGCCUUCUGCAGCUACUGAUUAAAAGUUUAGCAUUAUGUUUAAGCAGUGUAACCUCAACAAAGCAAUAUAUCAAUAUAUUUCUAUAUUAUAAGUAUGUCACGUCAGCCAGUUUAAGGACACUUGGGGUAUAAAAUUAGAUUUUAUGAUUGUUUAACUUUGUAUUUUGUAAUAGUUGAGCUCAGUAUGUGUUGCUUAAUAUUUUUCUGAUUGUCAAAUGGAUCGUUUCUGUUGAUUGUCACUGCUGAAUCUUUUAAUGAUUAAUUUAUAUGUUACAGUUUAUGGGAGCCAUAUUCAAGUGAGGAAUCAAUGCCGCAUGUGCAGCCGUUUUAAGCAAAUGGGCUUAUGUUUAUGCCACAUGAGACUGCCUGGGUGAAAAUGUAGCCUACUAAACCUCUGUUUUUGUCUGCUUUUUAGCGAAAAUGCCAAUGUUACAAAGGUUUUCACUCUCUUCUCAGCUGGUACCCAUUAGCAUGAAUGUGUGCACUAAUCUUCCUGAAGUUUAUUGAGACGGCAGGGGAUACAAGUACAAAGCUUUCUGGUUGAAAACUAAUUUUAUUUUAACAGAAAUACUGAACUGAGACUGUUAGACUUCCUCACUCCACAUCAUCCUAACAAACGGCAGGUAGAUUUAACUGUGCAAUCACCUCUCUUCAUAGUAAGUUUACGUCCUGCAUACCCUUAUGUCACACAUUUUAGCCAUACUUUGGUAUUAUGUAACAACUUUGAUUAAACAUCAACAUGCAGGUUGCUGAAUGCAGCUCCAGAAAUUGUUUGUCUGUUUUGAGGGAAAAUGCUAAAGCGCCAAAGAGGCCCAACACGAAAACUAAAAUGAAGACGAAGGGUGUGAUGCCUUAAAAAGGAUGUCAUGAACAUUUCAGCUAAAUAGAGAAAAUCGUCACCACCUGAUUUUUUCUUUUUAAUGUCUUCCAUCUCUCUGAACACCUUUAUAAUAACCCUAAUCCUCAUAGUAUUAACAAAUGUCAGCAGCUCUUCCUCUCCUGGCUGAGGUCCAAUCAGUUUAUUUUGCAUCUUAGAGAAAAAAUUCUGUGGACUUAAUGCGGCACCAUGAAGCAUCUUGUUUGACAUGCUAUGUGGUCUCUAGCAAUAAUGCACCCAACAUGGAGACGUUGCUCUGGGUCGUUGAAUGGUGGUUUGGUCCUUGUGUGAGCAUAAACUGUUGACUGAUUACCGCAUAUACUGUGUUAGCUUCCUUAUAGUGAUCUACUGUACACAUAAUUGGAUUAAA